AGCAGCAGAAGCACAUCCACAACACACGCUUGUCCGUUCGGCUGUCCGUCCGUCCGUCCGUCGGUUGAUUCCGUCCUGUACAAGUUCUGGCCUGUCCCCUCGCGUAUUGAAUUCGAGCCGAUUGCACGCAAUCAGUCCGAUAGAGGGUUGAGGCAGGCCGAGAGGGAAGGGAACAACUACAUCCACACAUUAGCCGUGGGUUGAGGCAACAGAUAGGCCUCGUCGUUUUCCCUCGCUUUUUACUGUCAGCAGAGUGGUGAUCCCUUCUAGGCGAAGCUUGGCUAGAACGACAACCGCAGGAGUUCAGUUUCGUAUCAGAGUUCGAAGCGUUCAGACGUGUUUUGUAAUUGCUCCUCGGCUGUUCUCGCGUACCGAUCCAGACAAGCCGUUCGUUACUUACGUAGAAUUGUGUUUACCAGUGAAGUGAUCUCGUGCAAAGUGUUUUAUAAACUGUAGAAAAGAUGGCAAUCGCUUUCUAUAUUCCGGCUAUCGAUGAUGAAAUCGAGAAGCAGUAUCAGUUGCAAAUGAUGCAACAGCAGCAGCAGAUUUUGGCUCAGCAGCAGCAACAAAACCAGCAGCAGUUCAGUUCGCCACCACCGAGUCCAACGGAGUCGAUCCCGCCAACUCCACCGUUGACUCCGACGAUGACUCAAGUCAGCAUCCACCACAACCGCUACCAUUUGGUGCAAGCCUUCCACGAGAUUCUGUUCCGCCACGCUCAAGAAAAUAACCCAACGCGUUCCCGCUGUCUGCUGUGCAACAAGCUGUACUACUUGCUCCGAAAGGUGUAUUAAUUGCUCCGUACCAAGUUCCCGCCAAAAACUGUUCAAAGAUCAGUUCCAAAAGUUAACAAUCAAGUGACUUUACUCGGCAAGCGUUUGCCCGCAUUGCUCCAGCGAAAUGAAGUGAUAUUCAUUUGUGCGAAGCUGCCGUCGCUGGAUGCGGCCCUCUCUUGGUGGAUGUUUCAUCCAGGCAACGCCCACGUCAUCCCACGUCUGUGUGGAUUGGGUCUUCCUAUGAAGGAAGUUAAUGAUUCUGAGCUGUCCCGUCGGAAUCAUUGGCGGUCUCUGAAAGCGUCACGUCGGAGAGUAGCGCCUCAAUUCAGCGUUUGGUUUGACGCUUCUUGAAAAAGAAGUUUGUAGAAACUGAAGCAUAUGUGUGACAAUUGCUAGUGAUUAAGUGAAAAAGUGCGAUUUGGGAAGCAAUCGUUUGUAAAUAAAUAGAAAAAUUAGUCAAUCCAUUUGUACGUGUUCUAAGUUGAAAGAAAUGUUUCCAUUCUGUGUAUGCAUCAGUGAAAAGUCUUUACUUGACUUGGUUGGUGUUUUCCCCAUAAAUGAUUUUUUAUUUGUUGCUAGUGUGAAGCGCUACAGUCAUAAGAAAGGACUUAUGACAUGUAUUAUGAAAUAUAGAAAAGUGUCGUUUUUAAUAAAGUUGCUCGGAAUUCAUUGGCUUUGCCUAUCAUGGAGGGUUGUACAAUUAACGAGUCUUUACUAAUGAUAGAUAGUAUUGAAUUUUUCCUGUUCUUUUAUACUAAACCAAGUUGAGUGAAAUUUAGUCCUUGUUCCUUGUCUUUUAUGCCAUGUUAGAUCGUUUCCCAAACUUACCUUUCAUGACCUCGUAGUUUGCUGGCUCUUUGUAGAACAGUCGAAACAUGCCUAUCAGUGAUUUUGGGGUUGCGAAACACCCAAGCAACUGCUUGGUGUAAUCCACAAGA